CCACGUGAGGGCGGCAGCCAAUGGCUGCUGCUCCUGCCAAAGUUGCCCUGCUCCUUCCUGGUGAUGGAUCACCCUGGCUGUGGCAUUUAAAUUCCGAGCGCUCCUCCAUCAAGGUGACGCGCAGCCACCACCACCUCCCUCUCUCCCUCCCUCUCUCCCUCUUUCCUUCUCUCUCUCCACACCCCCCAUCUCCUCCCCCAUCCCCAGUCAGCGCGUUGGGGUUUGAGAGCCGGGCCGGAGAGGCAGUGCGCGCCCAGGCGCUCAGCCUGAAGCAGCAGCAAGCACAGAGCCGCCGCCGGAGGGGGCUGCUCCUGCAUGGAUUUACGAAGGGACAGCCUUGGCUUGGCAGAAAGCGUUUGAUUUAUGACUUUAGGAAGAAUUGCAUCCAGUCCUUCCAGCUAUUACCCACGCAGCUCAGCGCCACCCCACUUAGAGGGGGUUUGCAAAACAGGGAAGCCAACGGCGACCACAACAAACGCGCGCAGAGGAGAGCAACCGGGAAACCCGCGCCUGCAAAGAUCUGGGGAAGUUUCUUUUCUCGGGGCCUUCGGACAGCUGGGAAAUCCAUCAAACGCCUUCCUUUCUCAGCUCUGGCUCCCCACACCACCAUCCCUCCCCCCCCUUUCCAAGGCACGGGUCGCAAAAGAAAUAGUUAAAAAUAGCGUUCAAUAGUAGAAACCAGUAUACCCUUCUGUCGAUUUCUGGCUGUUUAUGCAGCAAGGCUUGCUGUAGUGCUUUUUGUUUCCACUUGCAAAUAAUAUGAUAUAUUCUGCCUAUACUACAAUAUCAGUUAAAACGUAGAAGAGAAUUUUUAUAUAAUGUUACGAUAUAUUCAACCUAUACUAUAGUAAAACGUUUGAGAUAGCACAGAAACAUUUUAACUUGUGCUUCUAAUGUCUUAUGUGCAUUCAAGGGGGGGGAAUAUAUUUUUAUGUAAGUUUUGGUGUUAUUUUAGGUUUCUUUUUUUCUCUCUCCCUCAUUUGAAUAUUGAGAACUUUGGAAAUCCAUCAUUUACCGCUGGCUUCCCCCCUAAUAAAUAUAUUUCUAACGAAAAAGGA